AUGAGCGCAAUAUUUUCUCCUUCUGCUUCAGCCCCCGUGUCUGCUUCUGCGUCGACUUCAUCAGCAUCAACUGAUGCUACAACCCCUGCAGCAAAUACGACCAAUACAUCCCCCAUUCCAGUGUCUCCCACGCGUCGAUCAGCCAGCCAAGUUGUACAACCGCUUUCGUCCUGGCCCUGCACAACAUCAACAUCAACAUCCCGUACUCCUGCGACAACAACUACUACCCAACCCACCAGGAGCAACGCCAGCAACAAUAAUAUCACCACCUCUCCCAGAAACGAACCUCUCUUCCUGUCUCCUGCCACGCAAAAGCAACGAUCCUCCUUCCUACGCCGUCUCUCCCCUGGUCUGGCAGCCAGAGUCAAGCUGCUGGACGGCUCCUCCAAGCCUACACCGACACAGCCGCGUAGCCGCAGUAACAUUGGCAAAAUUCCAGAAGACCAUCUCAAGGAGCUAGACAGUGCACAUCGGGACCUUUCGAUAAAAGUAUUUCGCCGUGGCCGGGCCUGGAGUGGUGGACGUCGCACCUUGCUGACGCCGGAGCUGGCCUCCUCCCCCAGCGAGCUGGAGUCAGGGAGACUGAAGGACGAUCAUACUAUUUCAGCCAGGACUGCUCCUACCUGGGAAGCAGGUGUCAGUGUCUCAGAUCCAUCCGAGUCGUUGUCGACUACUCAAGAGGGAAAAUCACAACUUUCAGUAGAUGCAAUAGCGGAAAUGUCGACUACGCAGGGAGUUCAAACCGCGGUGCUGGGCACGGAAACUUCCCAGGGAUCAAGCACCAAUUCCUCUACUGGUCCAACAGAUUUGGAAAAGUAUCUUCGCUCAAGCACACAGUCCGAAGAAGGCGCACCUCCACCGCCAAAGGACUCUCCGCCCGUGACAGCUGUGACUAGUGGGUCGAGCACAAAUGUGGAGUCAUAUUUCAACCCCCUGGGCCUCUCCCGCCCUGAAUCUAUCUACUCAUUUUCCAGGGCGUCGUUUAGCAACCAACUAUCCCAACUAACUUCGAUCAGUUUACCCCAGCCCUCGUCCCUUGAAGCUAGCAUUGCUUCCAUCUCUACCGCCCCCGCUGCUGUGCGAGCGUUAUCCGGAGCGGCAAGUCAGAUACAGCAAUGGAUAAAUAAGGCUUCGGAUGUUCUGAGUGGGUUGGAUGCUGAGGACGAUGUUGAGUGGGCGGCUGCUGGUGGUAGAGAAGGAUUGGAAGAUGUCGACAAGGCCGUUACAAAGUUCGAGAGGUUGGUAAAUGUCUACGUUAAGGCUAUCGAAGAGGUACAGCUACGGGAUGAUAUUUCAGAUGUCGGUUCUGAACAGCUCCAGGCCGUCGUUGUUCAGAUGGAAUCAACCUUGAAGAACUGGAAGGAUGUCAGAACCCAGUUAAAGGGCGUCAAAGAACAGGUUGAACUUGCCAUGGAAUGGGAAGAGCUGUGGACCAAUGUUCUUGGUGAUGUGGGUGUUGAGGUGGACAAUCUGAGUCGAUUGAUAUUCGAGAUGGAAGAGAAACGGCACAAAACUAUGGUCAUAGAAUCAGAGUCAGAGCCUGGCAGCAGCCUCGACAUCAACGAACUUGAAACCAUCAUCGAAGAAUCUCCAGUUCAUGGCAACACACCUUCCUCCUCCAGAUUAAGCCUUGCCUCCGCUUUUGGUGGACCUAGCUCCAACAUCGAAUCCCCUGUCAUCCACAAUCCCCAGGAUGACUCCAAUUUGUUAGCUUUGUUUGCAAGGAUGCAACCCCUUCGAGCAUCAUUGGAUUUCCUUCCAAUGCGGCUUUCAAUGUUUCAAUCCCGAGCAGAAAAGAUAUUCCCAAGCGCAUGUGACGAAUUAGAGGAUCGAAGGAAACGUUUGGAGAAGGGAUAUAAGAAAUUGGGAGCCGACGCGGAAGCGUUGCGGCGGGAGCUGGGAGAGGAUAGAUGGGUUCUGGUGUUCAGGAAUGCCGGCAAGCAGGCACAUAAAAUGUUCGAGUCCGUUGAACGGAGCAUCAUUAAACUCCAGGAAGCAAUUGAUUCGGGAAUUCACAAUCUUAAUUCCACAGCAUUUUCAAAGAGGAUUGAGAACUUUGAGGCUAAAAAGGUUCACUAUAGCCCUGCCAUCGACCGCGUGUUAGCUAUUAUCCAGAAGGGUAUUAACGACAGACUUACGGUUAAUGGUGAGAUUAUACAACUAUUCACGGAUUUGAAGACAAGAUCGGAUUCGAUGCACGAAAAGAUAAGUGCCAUGGACUCGCUGCUAGAGGAACUCAAUGCUGCUAGAAGCCAGCAGCUACGAGAUUCAGUAUCUAGUAUUGUCACGCUAGAUAGCCCAAUCACCCGAAGUGCCAUUGAUACGCCCGACAGUUCGCCAGCUUCGUCUGUCGUCAUGUCAAGUGCUAAUGCAGCCAAAGGAAGUGCUGCAGCAAGCACCAGCGGGUCAAAUAGAAGGGUUAGCUCAACGGUGAAUGCUGCGACGAAAAGCACAGCUCCAAAACUCAAGAGUUAUUCUAGUCUACCGCAGGCCACAUCUGCCGCUCGAAAGUCCUCAUUACCACGUACCAGCUCAAGCUCGAGUCGCUUAGCUUCCCAGUCCCCACAACUCUCCGCAACAUCCCCUACUCCCUCCAGCACGCGUCCGCCAUCCCGAAGCUCUAUAGCAAAGCCAAGCUCCCUCGCCAACAGACCCCGCUGGAACUCCAGCGCCAACACAAACGACCUCGUGGUCGGCCACAACUUCAAACCCAUAUCUCUCACCACUCCCUCACCAUACCGCAAACUUCCACCCCCCACCAGCUCCCGCUCCUGUCUUCCCCUCCCCAGUCCCCUUGGGCGCGAGUCAUCUGUCUCUCCGGCUCCUAUUUCCCUCCGUCCCUCCAGCCGACUCACCAGGAGCCGUGAUUCCUCUCCCGCCACAGACCGCAGCUGUGCCUCACCAACUCCUUCACACUCCCGCCUCAUUGAUCCCCCUCCUUACAGUAAAUUCCGCAAGGAAUCGCUAUCUGCCUUGCCCAGCCCCUCCUCACUAAUACGCAAUAUUCCUCGCAGUCGGCAAAGCUACUCUGGCAUUCCGAGCACGCGAGCUGUGUCCACGAAUACACGAGAUGCUGGAGAGGGCGAAAAUGGCAAGAACAAGGGGACCACCCGUCCUGGAACGGCGUUGGGCCAUUCGGGACGGCGUGUUAGUAUGCUUCCUCAGUCGCGCACGCCGAAAUCUGGGGAUAGCGUUGCGUUUUCUUCGAGGACUAUAAAUGAAAGGCCACCAUGGAAGUAA